CUCACUCUUGUUGCCAAUGCUUGUUGUUGCUAGCAGUUAGCCACCGGUGUAUAUGUUCGUAAUUGGGGGGAUCCUUCAAAUGUGAUCAGGCUAUUCAGUUAAUUUAAAUUUUGAAACCUUAAAUUUGAGGAAGAUGCAGGAUGAUGCGCGCUACCUCAAACGCAAAGUGACUGCGGGUAGUUUGGAUGUCCACCCGACCGAGAAGGCCCUGGUGGUCCACUAUGAGGUGGAGGCAUCCAUUCUGGGAGAGAGUGGAGGUCAUAUGCUGGGCGAACGCAAAGAGGGACAAAAAAUCAUUCGUGUGAAAAGUCUUUCUCCGAGUACAGAUGUGGGAGCUUUGGCCAAGAAGGUGGUGGAGGAGUGUAAACUCAUCCCUCCAUCCCGUUUGCCUCAGGUGGAGCAGCUCCUCUACUACCUGCAGAACAGGAAGUCAUCUCCAGUGGAAGGAAAAGUGGAAAAGAAAGAGAAAAGAACAGUGAAGCCCAGAGAGCUGACGCCAUUUGAAGGAAUGGAGUUAAACGAAGAAGCCAGUAUAACCAGAGUGGAUGAGUACGUUGAGCUGCUCUAUGAAGGCAUCCCAGAGAAGAUCAGAGGCGCUGCUCUCAUUCUGCAGCUCGCCCGCAACCCUGACAACCUGGAGGAGCUGCUGCACAACGAGGCAGCUUUAGGUGCUCUGGCCAGAGUCCUGAGGGAGGACUGGAAGCAGAGCGUGGAGCUGGCUACCAUCAUCAUUUACAUCUUCUUCUGCUUCUCCAGUUUCUCUCAGUUUCACGGAGUGGUCAGUCAUUACAAAAUAGGUGCGUUGUGUAUGAGUGUGGUGGAGCAUGAGCUGAAGAGACACGACGUGUGGCGUGAGGAGCUACGCAAGAAGAACAAGGCUUGUGAAUCCGCACCAGAGAAUGGCUCUCUUAGAAGAGACCAGGACAAGGCUACGAGAAAAUACCACGGGCUUCUUGCUAAGCAGGAGCAGCUGCUCAGAGUGUCUCUUUACCUCUUGCUGAACCUCGCCGAGGACACGAGGACGGAGCUGAAGAUGAGGAAUAAGAACAUUGUUGGCCUGCUGGUCAAAGUUCUCGAACGGGAUGACGAGGAGCUGCUGGUUCUGGUGGUUUCAUUCUUAAAAAAACUGUCCAUCUUCCUGGAGAACAAGAAUGACAUGGCUGAGGUGGACACUGUGGAGCGACUGGCUCGUUUAGUUCCUUGCGACCAUGAAGACUUGUUAAACUUGACUCUGCGGCUGCUCCUCAACCUCUCCUUUGACUCUGGGCUCAGGGGCAAGAUGGUGGAAGUCGGGCUGUUGCCUAAACUGACUGCGAUGUUGGGCGAUGAGAGCAACCGGCAGGUCGCCAUGCGCAUCCUCUAUCACAUCAGCAUCGAUGAUCGUUUCAAGGGCAUGUUUGUUUACACUGACUGCAUACCUCAGCUGAUGCACAUGCUGUAUGAGCACAAUGAAGAGGAAAUCGAAGCAGAGCUCAUCUCCAUCUGCAUCAACCUGGCUGCAAACAAGAGGAAUGCGCAACUCAUGUGUGAAGGAAACGGACUGAAGAUGCUCAUGAAGAGAGCUCUGAAGAUGAAAGACUGCCUUCUCAUGAAGAUGAUCAGAAACAUCUCACAACACGACGGACCAACCAAACCACUGUUCAUAGACUACGUGGGAGACCUGGCAGCAGAGAUCCGUGCAGAGGAAGAGGAGGAAUGGGUUCUGGAGUGUCUGGGGACUCUGGCCAACCUCACCAUCCCUGACCUGGACUGGGAGCUGGUGCUGAAGGAGUAUAACCUGGUGCCUUACCUCAAAGACAGACUCAAACCAGGCUCAGCAGAGGACGACCUCAUCCUGGAGGUGGUGAUAAUGAUCGGAACAGUUUCUAUGGAUGACGCCUGCGCCGCCAUGUUGGCUAAAUCUGGCAUUAUUCCUGCUCUUAUUGAGCUACUGAAUGCCCAGCAGGAGGACGAUGAGUUUGUGUGUCAGAUUGUCUACGUCUUCUACCAGAUGGUGUUUCAUCAGGCUACACGAGACGUCAUCAUCAAAGACACCCAGGCUCCAGCCUACCUGAUAGAUCUGAUGCACGACAAGAAUGCUGAGAUUAGAAAAGUGUGUGACAACACCCUCGAUAUUAUCGCUGAGUACGAUGAGGAGUGGGGGAGGAAGAUUCAGUCAGAGAAGUUCCGUUUCCAUAACAACCAGUGGCUGGAGAUGGUGGAGAGUCGCCAAGCUGAUGACUCUGAACCAUAUCUCUAUGACAACGACAACGACAGGACUGAUCUGUUCUACAGUGCAGAUGGAAUAACUCCAGCAGACGGCUCAGUCAGCCCAGAUUUCUUCGGUGAUCUGCAGCCUCAGAAUGGAGACUCGCACCACGCAGGAGAUACAGGCGAUGUCUUCGACCAGACCAGCUCAUCACCUGGACGGCCGGCCACCGCCUACGGCUUCAGACCCGAUGAGCAGCCCUUCUAUCAGUACUCAUAGACACACACAUCCUGUCUUCUUAGAUCUGUUCCUCUCCACCAUCCUGCAUGUCCAUGUUAUUUCACCGCUCCACUCCCAUUAUUAAAACUGAAUUGUUGUAGUUAAUCAGACAGAUGCUGAUAUAAAAAAACAGAUAAGAACUGACACACGAACGCUGCAGAUUUUAAACUUGAAUAAGCUGCAGUACCAUGCAGUCAUUUAGCCAUUUCAUUCAUUCAUUCACCACUGUCUCCUUGCCCCAGUCUUUUUAUAGUCCGCAAAUAUUUUAAAGAAUGUAAACUCAUGUGACAUUUCAGACAAUGUUAUGCUGGUUUUGCCUAUUUUUUUCUACGUACCUCUUCGAAUCCACUAAAGAAAAAACAUUCCACUCCAUUGUUUGAGGGACUGAGAUCCACCAGUCUGUACCUCCAACACUGUCAUUUAAUUAACAUGCACUACGAUGUAUGUGUCACUGUAAAAUGGGCCCAUUGUUGUUACAGUUCAAGGUGCUUUCACACUGGCAGGUUAACCCAGAAACAGAUCAAGAAGCUUUACCUGCUUCUGGCUGUAGGCUUGGCUCCUCCUGUUUUGCAGCCUUAUAGGUGCUCAUUCUCCACUCAGUCUUUGCCAUACGUCUCUGCCACUGUUGUCUCCAUGCAUGUCAGAAAGUAGGAUGGUGGCCUUUAAGUUUACAUUUUAAAACCUGGUGUGAAAGUGGUCUAAGAGACGUUGGUUCUAACUUGAAGCUCUGCUCAUUCAUUCAGCACACUUUCUAUGUUACAGAUCUCAAACCACAGCAGUAUUACAGAAACAAAAGAAAAGAUAAAUAGCAUAACAAAAUGUUUUGCAGCCCUGAUACUGCAUCAGUCCCAUUAUGCAACACAGGGUCCAUAGAAAGAGACCAUCCAGUUGUCACGUCAGAUUUAGCAGUUUGCCUUGUCAGAAAUGAUCCGACACAGUACUGGACAGGACUCCAGAGUGCAUCUGCCUCUUCUUCAUUUGUACAGGAGGAGAUCAGGGAAACUAACCUCCUUGAAUGAACUGGCUCUAAGCCUCUUACAGAGAAAGAGAGGAAGCUGUGAUUUUCUGUUUGGGCUGAAUUUGUAAAAACAUCCAAAAUCCUCAGUGGCUCUGCUUUCAGUCGCCUCGUGGCUGUUUAAGUAAGAAGACUUCAUCUAAACUCUACAUGUUGAACUCCAGGGAGUUUGUGUGUGUUUUUAAACUUCUGUCACCUUUUAACUCACUGUGGGCUCAUUUUAGCUGCAACAUAAAGUCCUGCACCUCCAUGGAAACGGCACAAACAUAGCUGGAGGUAGAGAGAACUUUGAAUGAUCUCUUGUGCAGUAUGACACAGUUAUAAUGCCACAAGUUUGCCGUUGCUGUGUGCAGGUUGUAGGAAAGGUCAGUACAGUGAGGCUACUCUGCAUCACAUCACCUCUCACAAUGUUUCUGUUUUAACAGCAGUGACUUUAGGAGACUGGGGCCUUGGAGAUGGAAGGAUUUUGUUACUGUCAUCUUAAAGGUGGAUUAAGCCAUUCCCGAGGAAGUUUAAUAUUUCAACUCAGCAGCCAAAUGAACACAAUCCUCACUUCAGUGCUCCUUCAGCCUCCAAAUCCAGGGACGUGCUUGGAACUGGAGGUGAAUUUCAAUGUCGUGUCUUAUCAAAUAAAUGACGCGGAAGCUCACAAACAGCAAUCACAACACAACGGAGUAAAAACUGCAGAGUUUGCUGUUGAAAUUGCGCAACACCAAAUUUCUGACACAGCUGAAUUUGACUAAAACUUCAUUGCAUUAUAAUGGCUUGCUCUACUUUUACGUCAUUGCUACUGGUGUGAUGUCAUGUUGUUGGAUAUCUACAGUCUUGCCAGUGUCCUGUACAAGUGUGUUCUCACAGCUGUGCAGAGUUAUUACCACAAUAUUAGUACGCUAACAAACAAAACUUGAAAAAAAAAAACUGCACUAAUGAGUAUGACUAGAUGCUCACCAAUGUAAAUAUCAGUCCUGCUUUGGUGAAGGGAGCAACCUUGAGAAUGACACUUUCUGCUGGACGACGGAGCAGCUUCACGUCUGAAUGUAUGAACAUGAAUUAUAGCGAUGUAUAUCAGCUUAACAAAUAAGUCACAAAAAUGUUAAAAUAUAUUGUGCCAUUGACUGAACUACAUAUGAAGUGGUGGUGUGUUUGCAGGACACUGGCAACUCGUUACAUACUGUAUGACUUUCAGGCAUAUUUGUACAUAUAGUUAAAAUUCAUUGCAUGUUAGGUUUUAUUGUUUUUUUAUCAUAAGUUAUUCUAUACAUAUAUUACUGUGGGUUUUCUUUUUAAUGACUGAUUUUAUUGCUCUGUAACAAGACACUGUAAACAGAAGUAAGUACUGGAGUAUAGAUACUCUCCAUCUCUGUCACUGUCUUUCAUCCUCAGGUUCUUCAUUAAAAAAAAGAAGCAACAUUUA